AAGAGCUGCAGCAGAGUUUCUGUUCGGCCUCACGGCCAUGGAGCAGUUAGGGAAGUACACAGACACUAGUGAGAGAGAUGGGGCCAGUGUAUGGGUGCUGCUGCAGCUAUAGGUGACGGAUGGAAGGGUUGGAGGAAAGUGUUACAAGCGGCACAGAGGCCUCGCCUAUGGGUGGGAGCAGGAUAUCACCUGAAGUGCAGGUACAGCAGGGAGUGCCCGGCGGAGAAUCAGUAGUCAGUGUGACACACAGCACAGAAGUAGCAGCACCCAAGUGCCUCAGCACACGGCAUGGGGGUACUGAGAAUGCCCCGCCAAUUCCUGCCCUUCCCCUGCCUACCGGCCCUGCUGCUGCUCAACCUGUCGCUCACCGGCGCAGAUACACUUUGGACGGCCAACGUGAACUACUCGUACGUGUAUGACAACAGGACCUACGGGGAGGAGGGGGAGAUCGGAGUGUUCGGACAAGACUCGCCCAUUGAGAGGGCAGCGGGGCUGGUGGUCCUGCCCAAGUCGGAGAGGACUUUCACCGCCUGUAAAGACAAUACCAACUUUAGCGUCCCGCAUAACUGGAACGGCCCAUGGAUCGCUCUCAUCCUGAGGGGAGGGGGCUGCACUUUCACUGAGAAGAUCAAUAGGGCGGCCGAGCGGGGCGCCAGGGCAGUGGUCGUUUAUAACAAUGGCAUGGACAAUGAGGUGUUUGAGAUGUCUCACCCGGGCACAAAGGACACCGUUGCCAUCAUGAUUGGAAACAUUAAAGGGAAUGAGAUUGUAGAGGUGAUUAAAGGUGGCAUGCAGGUCAUGAUGGUGAUAGAAGUAGGGAGGAAACACGGAUCCUGGAUAAACCAUUAUUCUAUCUUCUUUGUAUCUGUGUCUUUCUUCAUUGUCACUGCAGCCACCGUGGGCUACUUCAUCUUCUACUCAGCGCGCAGGUGGAGGCUCACACGGGCGCAGAACAAAAAAAUGAAACAGUUAAAAGCCGAGGCAAAAAAGGCUAUUGGUAAGCUUCAGCUUCGAACCAUCAAGCAAGGAGAUAAGGUUCUUGGUCCUGAUGGUGAUAGCUGUGCUGUGUGUAUUGAGCCCUACAAGCCAAGUGAUGUUGUGCGCAUUUUAACCUGCAACCAUUUCUUUCAUAAGAAUUGCAUUGAUCCCUGGCUGCUUGAACACCGAACAUGUCCAAUGUGCAAAUGUGACAUUCUGAAAUCACUUGGAAUUGCAGAAGAUGAAGAGGAAACCACAAGCGCAGCAAUACCUUCUGUUUCCAGUGAAUUGCAGAGAAGCACUGUGCAAACAAUAGAGGAGGAGAAUCGCAGUGAAAUGGCUUCUUCUGGCUACGCAUCUGUUCGGGGGGGAGAUGAACCAGUGGAUGAGGGACAGCAUAUUUAUGAGAACACAGAACUUGUACACAAUGAGGCCUCUGCUACGUCAAUUGAAGUCCUUCCACACGUGGACAACCCUGGCUUUGAAAGUGAGGAUGUCCACGUCCAUGAGAUGAAAUCCUGAGAUCCCCAGGGAAUGCUAAUAGCCGCACAUUUUAAACAGACCUCUGUUUAUUGUUCUUCUAAAAGCUACUGACUAGCAAUAAUUCCAUGCCUUGUUAGUAAACCAAAAAAAAGGGAACCCAGAAAUUUUACAGGAAGGGAAAAAAAUCUGUUUUACAAAUAACUGCAUUAGAUUGUGCCGAAUUCUCUUUUGCAUACGGCUUCUAAUUUAAAUGCACAAUUUAUUACUAUGAAAAUUCAGCAAAUUGUAUUUUUUAUUGUAUCAGAGCAAAAUAAUUUCUAGUUUUAUAUUGAAAUACAUACACAUAGAUUAUUUCUUUUUUUUUUCUAGAUACCUCAUGAUAUAAAUGAUCUGAUGUGUACUAUAUAUUUAUAUUCAUAUAGGAAUGUUAAGUAGUUCUAUAAUAAAUCUUGUUCUAUAUGAUAAAGAAUAUUAAUGUUCAGAACUCUUUGUAGGGACAAGCCUUUUGCACGCAUAUUUUAUUGCUAUUAUUUUAAACUAAAAGAGAUUAAGUGGCAGUGUCAGCUAAUACAAAAUAGCAUACAUAUCCAGAUGGUCUAAAACUUUAUUAAGCAAUAUUUUGUCUCAGAUUUAUUUUGGGUAAACUCUUUGUCCCCUGAUGCCCUAAGCAAGCAAAAUGACAUACAGUGCCCUGCUAGUCAGCGCUUGCCUGCAUAUAAGUGAGUGUGUUUUUAAAAGCAUGCUAUAGUAAUGGUUGACGCAGUUAAUUUUUUGUGUUGUUUUGUCUUGUGCCUGUAUCCAUCUUAUUUUCUACUUGAUAAUCUUUUUUUUCUCUCAUAUCUGCUGCUACUAUCUAGCGUCUUGGUUCUUUCUCCUAGAAAUGUGUGUGCUAGCACUGCACUCCUAAGGGUGAAGACACACUGAGCUACAAGUAGCAGCUACUUUUUCACAACUGCUAAACUCCAAAAAAUCCCCUGCCAUAGACAAUACUGAGAAUUGCCUCUGCUAAACACACAUAGAGACCAUUAUCAGUAAAUGAUCAGCAUUGUCUAUUUUAGUAGACACAAGAAGUAGCUUUUACUAGUAGCUCCCUAAAUAAACAUGAGCCAACCUCCCAGAAUUCAGAUCACAGACAAUUCAAACAAUAGGUGGACUUGGAAGUAUUGCAAAUGUAAAUUAAAACAGUUUUCCUAUGAUAGAUGCCCUUUAAGUUGGUGAGAGGGUUUAUCCCCUUUAACAUAUUGCUUCCUAAAAACAAUAGCUCUGAGAGAAAGGCUUCCUCCUGUGCAUGCAUUUGUUUAACAGCACUCUCUGUAUCCCCCCAAAACAGCAGAAGAGUGGGCCACAGGUUGGCCAUGGCCACUGUAAGCUGCUGAUGGAGAACUUCUAAAUGUGCCAUUAGAAAAAUGCAUGCAUAAUUACCUUUGUGGGAAAGCUUAAGAGAAAAUAUCAGUUGCAUUUUUAAAAUGUAGUAUUAUAAAAAAAAAAAAAAAAAAUAUGUUUUUAAACAAAUUCUUUGCGUUUGUCUGUACACAUUUUAAUGUUCUACACUGAAUGCUUGGACUGAAUAUUUCAAGAUCUCGAGCUUGCCUCCUUCCUCAUUAGAAUGGGACUGAGCCCACUCAGCUAGUAAAGGAUCAGUAACAAAAAAGAAAAAUGAAAAUAGUGAAUAUGAAUGGAAAUGCAAGCUAUUUGUGUAAAAAUGAUUUCAUUAAGUACUAAUUAACCACAUUGUUUGUGUGUUUAUCUGAAGCAUUAUUGCACACUUAUUUUACCUGUUUUUACCCUUAAUUUAUAUAUGAUGGACAUAUUAUCCAGCACUUUACAGAUGUGUUGCAUUAACAAACCCCCUAUCUCUGUUCUUUUGGUUUCAGUGGAGCUUUAGUUCUUUGGGACCAAAGUGAAACGAAAGUUAUUUUUAAAUAGAACUAUUCUAUCUAAAAAUGAUGCAGCCUUUUAAAGUGCAGACUGAUUAAGCAUUAUCUUAGUAUUUCUAGGGCUUUUUAUGUCAAAAACUCCCCACUUACCCAGAAAGACCUGUGGUAAGAUAAAUCUUUUAAAGAGAUAAUAUGCAGAUAUUAGUAUAGAGAUAGAGAUAAUAAUAUUAGUAUUUAGGGUACAUUUUUUGACUGCUCUCGUGGAGAUCAUCCUCCAUCUGCUAAAAUACUUCCCAUUGAAAACACUUUGGCAGACACAGGCCAUUUGGUCAUUUUCAGUAGGAUUCAGAUUCGGUGGAAUCGCUGUGCCCUGCUAAACUGAACCCUUAAAAUCACGUGACUUUUCGUCACAUAAACACGAAAGUUGAAAUUUUUCACUUCACUUUUAUCACCUCAUAACCUUACUUUCAUAUUCAAACUCGGCUCGGUGUUCAGCCAAAUCUUUCACAAAGUUUUUCAGGGUUUGAUCGGAUCUCAAACUUGUUGGUUUGGUGCAUCCCUAGUGUUUUGACUCUAUAAUGGUAUAACACAUGUGAUUGGUAAUAUAUUAUGUUUAGAGAAGAUAUGUUUUUUUUGGCAAGAAGACUUGUUUGAGACAAUAAAGUGUUUUAAAAAGCUAAACAUUUUUUUGAGUAGCCUACUGUUAUUAAUGGGCCCAUCCAAGAUUCAGCACUAAUUGCAGUACAUAGGCUACUCAUACCAUUUCUCAUUCUACUCAGUUGAGGCAUAGCCUGACACAUUUGGCAAGUAAAUCAGACCCCACAGAUGUACUGCCCAUAACAAGUCCUGUUUAUGAGCUAUUAUACAUGUUAACAUGUUGUUGCAAUACAAUAUUAUGGCCUUUCGCUCCCUAUGAUAAUUAAAAGCAAAUGUGCACUUUAUUUGAUGUCACUUUCAUGCAACCUUUUUGAGAAGCUGUGAACCCAUGCUACUGUGUGAUUAAUGGUUUUUAAAAUAAACUAAUGAAUAGAUUACUUUUACUACUUUGAUAAUUCUGUAAAUAUGUUUUAUGAUUUGUUUUUGCUAAUUUGUGUAAAUAAAUAUAUUCUAAUAGGCGA